GAGGGCAUUUGAGUAAUUUUAUCUUACAAGGUUCAAUCCUGCAAUAGGGCAGAACUUCCGGUGUUGAGACCCUGGAGCAGGCAAAGCGUCCGUAUCAGUAGCCUGAUAAGCAAUGAUCUCUCUCUGUAACUGAUACGAGAUGAAAGCUAUCAUCUCUCUCUCCCUCUCUACUUUGCAACUUAUAGGAAAUGGAAGCUACCACAAAAAUGGUGAAGCCAUUAUUCGUCAUUGCGGAUCUCUCCUAUAUAUACCCCUCUUUUUGAUGCCCUGUUUUGAUGGAUGAGAGAGAAAAUGGUGAGGAAAAUGGAGUGGGCGGCUAGGGCAAACCAUCUUGGUGGGUUGCCUCGUCGCCUUUUAUUUGGAACUGUGGGCGCGUUUGCCAAGCUCUUCACAUCAUUUCUUAACUCUACUCAUAUCCACAACCCAGAAACCCUAAUUCAACUUGUGAAGCACAGACCUAUUGGGAAGCCUCUUAUUACAGUCACCAAUCACAUGUCGACGUUGGAUGACCCCUUCAUGUGGGGUUUUAAGGGUUUCCCAUCCAUGGAUGCAAACAUAGGGCGUUGGGUGCUUGCAGCAGAGGACAUUUGCUUUAAGAGCACUUUAAUGUCAUACUUCUUUCGACUCGGUAAAUGUAUUCCCAUCACUAGGGGUGGUGGAAUAUAUCAGGAACAUAUGAAUGAAGCUCUGGAUCGUUUGAUUGAAGGAGAGUGGUUGCAUACCUUUCCAGAAGGGAAAGUGUGCCAAGAUUAUGGGCCAAUUCGGCGGUUAAAAUGGGGUGCUGCCAGUCUCAUUGUUCGUGCACCUGUAACACCAAUAGUUCUUCCAAUUGUACAUUGUGGUUUUGAAAAGGUAAUGCCAGAGAAAUAUUUCUUUGGGAGAAGGCCUUUGAUUCCACUUUGCAACAAAGACAUCAAUAUUAUUGUUGGGGAACCGAUAGAGUUUGACCUCACAGAGUUGACCCAAAGGGCAAAGUCCUCAAGAACUGAUCCCUCAUUGCAACCCCGAGGUAAUUGGCCCACUCUUUCCCAAUUUAAUGGUUUGGAUGAGGCAGCCCAGAGAUGGCUCUAUGCAAAUAUUUCUGAUAGAAUACGAAGUGUCAUGGAGAAAUUCCUUGUAAUGGGUGCGGCCCUUACCAAUAUGGGGAGAUGAUAAUGAACUUUCAGUCUCUCUCUCGCUCUCUCUCUAGCCUGAUAUUUCUUUGAAGGAACAUAUGACUGGGCGAAGUUUAAACGUUGCACCAGAAGCUGUUUCAGCUGUGAUGUUCUUUGAUACAUUGAUUAUUAAAUUCAAAUAAACUCCAUUUUUGUUAUUCACAAAAGAAAUAAUCUUGGGUCAUUUCUAUUUAAGGAGAAAAGUAAUCCCUUGGCCAACCCUUUCUGAAAUGUUUGGGCUAUCUUCUUAAUAGAUUUUUCUGACA